AUGCAGAAAAAUAGAGCAGUAAUUAACUAUCAUUACAGGGCAUUUUAUUCCUUGUACAGAAUUUAAAUUGAAAAUCAUUACAAAUUUAUAACCUGUCCUAUAUGCAAACACAUUUUGGAUAAAGUAAUUCCCAUGAAUAUAUCCUUUAAGGCAGAUAUUCUGAUUAUUCUAACAGCAACCUUAUCAAAAUCAAUAAUUCUGUAGCUACUCCCUCCUAAUAACUCCAAGAAAGAUUUGAAAGAUGUUAGUUAAAGAAUUUUAAAUUUCCAUUUUUAGAUGAUCAAAUAGGUACUUAAAAUAAAUAACUACAUCUGAUUGAUUUUGCAAUUAAAAGUAGACCGUCCAAUA